AUGAUAUGCUGUUAUUGCCUACCUCAUACAACUAGUGACCCCAUAUGGGCUCCUGGAGAGCCAUCAAGGUCUACAGGACGGUCCUGUGGAUGUUUGUGGUCUGAUGGAAACAACGAUGACAAUCAUGGUCGAUGGGACAGUAGGGCUUGUAUUUUUACAUUGCCGUACAUCUGUGAAAGGUCACAAGUCCCAUUGACUGGCAGAUGGAUUGAUAUUCCCGAAGUACAAAACGUUCGGUAUUACUUUUCAACAUUCGCAACCGACUAUCUCAUUGCAUAUGAAUUUUGUCAACAAAUUGGUGGACAGCUAGCACAGUUGAAAACAUUGAAUAUUAACUUAGCAGUGAGAGCCCACUUUACAACCAUUGGAGUCAAUGAGUAUUGGUUUGGCCUUGAUGAUCUGAGCAAGGAAGAUGUUUUCCGAUGGAAUGACGGGACAUUGUUACAAAUGACAGGUUACUCUGAAUGGCCAGAAUGGGGCCCCAAUAAUUAUGUAGGAACCGAACACUGCGUUGAGGAAUACGUCAACCACUGGAAUGAUUUACCAUGCAGCGUCUCACCAAUCCGUAGAUUUGUCUGCGAAAAAAUAGAAGUAAAACCUAAAUAUCUUCUUGCCAUGACUUCAUCCCCUUUCGGGAGUACCGGGACGUCCCCUAGUUUCUCUUGUAUACUCUCAGCUGACAAGACACAGGAUACCAUAACCUACACGGAGAGAGUAGUUAGACCGAGCCUCACUCCCGAAAGUUAUACACUGGACGUCCUGGGCUCAGAAACAACUCAUACUGGUGGCUUUACACAGAACCUACCUGAUGAUACGACGUCAGUUGGUGUUUAUAAGUGUUCCAGUACAUCUACAUCUACUGGUACUUCAACAUCUGUAGAUGUAACGAUUCUUUCACAAGACCGACAUUUUCAACCAAGAGACGGUCGCCUCACCAAAACAGUUUAUCCCGGUGAAGACAUCACGCUCUCAGUGUCUACCAUUGAUAGGUAUUUAUCAGGAUCGGAUGAAAUCCGUUGGAGCACCUUCUCAAACCUUGCUGAAGGAUCUCUGUCUCCAGGUGGAGAUGGAACUCUAACCUAUACUAUUCGUUCAGCAACUAAGAGAAAUGCAGAUAUCUACGGGACAUUCCAGAGUAAUAUGCUGGAUAAUCGUCUUUACAGCUUGAUUCGCGUCAUAGUUAGUGAUUGUCCACGUGGCCGAUGGAACCUACCGUUAUGUGAUCGUCUGUGUGAUAACUGCUACAAUGGAGGAAUCUGUCACCCUCAAUCAGGAACGUGUAUAUGUCCUCCAGGAUUCAGGGACAAGAAUUGUCUCACUGCAUGCGGUAAACACCGUUUUGGAUGGGAUUGUGAACUUGAAUGUGGUGCUGGUAAUGUUCUGGAUGCUUGCAGUGGAAGUCAGAUCUGCCUACCCGAUCCUUAUGGAUGCAACUGCCUCUCUGGUUACACAGGAAUAUACUGCGAUGAACAAUGUACUCCAGGAAAGUUUGGUGUUGACUGCCUUCAAGAUUGUCACUGUGCUGGAGGGAUACCAUGUGAUGCUUUCACUGGAAGAUGUGAAGGAAGCUGCGAGGAUGGUUGGUCAGGAGAAGGUUGCCAAGUUCCAAAUGUCUGCCCUAGUGGAUUCAUCGGGAUAAAUUGCACGGAGUUCUGCAACUGUCCUGAAUUGACAGAAUGUGAGAUGGAUUCAGGAUUCUGUACUUCAACACAAGGACAAUGUGAGAUUGGAUAUGUUGCUGAAUCUCCAGAAACACCUGACCGAUGUUCUACUUUUUCUGGAUGUUUUGACUCUUGUUCGAAAACAUGCCAUUGUGCUGGUGGUUUUGAAGACUGCGACCAAGAGACCGGGAUGUGCUCAUCAUGCCACCCUCGUUGGAUGGGAGACAAUUGUCAAAUAGAUCGUUUUACCGUCACAAGAGAAAAGACGAACCCAGGAAUCGCGAUCUUUUCCUGUACAUUUUCUCGUGAUUCAACGGAAAACGCCUUCUUCGUCAGAGCAAGUAUAGGAGACUUGUCUCCCCAAAGUUUGGUAAACGAGCAGGGGGCUGAUACUCCAGCCGAACAGCUUUCAGUACAAUCAAACUUUACCUUGUUCUCCGACGACAUUCAAACUCAAACCAUCUAUUGUUAUGUUGGGGAUUCAACGACCGGUGCUGUAUAUGCUCACGUCAGCCUUCCGCCAACGGGUUCAUUCGUUCUGCCAGUGUUGAGAAAUCAGCCUCGAAUUGUAGAUCUAGGCUCUAACCACGUGGUAAUUGCUUGGGAUUCCUGGAACCCUGACGUUGACGUUGGUGAUGGUCCUAUCAUCGGGUACAGUGUCUAUGUUAGUACAAGUACCUUUGUAGCAGCGUCGGGUGUUCCAUUGGAAUCAUCAGGGACUUCGUCUUCGAGGAAAAGAAGAGGAUCACUGAAAUAUUCAUUUCACCUCAUUUCAACGGAAAGAAAUGGUAACGGCAAAGUGGGCCUACAAACGAUCAAGGAUGGAAUCUCACUUAAUAUUUCAUCUCGGAAGAAGAGACAGGGAAAUAGAGACAGCCCGCUGAUGCACAAGAUUACGGGACUAGAUCAAAGUCAGUCGUACGAAAUUCGGAUUUCAGCAGUUCGUGAGGGACUGAAGGGCGAAGGAGAGACGGGACCAGCUUUGAGUUUCACCACUCUCGAGGUACUUUCAGAACCAACCCUUGGCUCUUCUGCUAUUGGACUAAUCGUUGGUGGCGCUAUAGGUGGAAUAGUCAUCCUUCUGUUGAUUGCUAAUAUUGUGAUCAUACUUUUUAAAAGAAGGUCUGUUAGGGAGCUACCAAAUGGAAACCAGGACAUCAUGAACAAUGCUUUCGACAUUGGUGACUACGAUGAUAACGUUCUGCAAGCCAAUGAGAUUGAGCAUGGCUACGCAGAACCUAAUCAGUAGUGGUCGUGAGGUGAAUCCUUUUCCAAAUGGAGGAUGGUUUGCAGAUUUUACAAAAUAUAAGUAUAGGUCUAUGUAAGCUCUUGUCUCAUGAUUUUGCUUUGGUUUUACUCUUCGUAAAAAGCCCAGGAUUAGGUUUGAUAAAUUCAUUAUUAUUAUUUUACAGAUUCAUUUCAUAUUUCACGUAAUGAAAUGAAAAAGAAAGCGAGUGGAUGACUUCAUCAGUCUCUUCAUUUGUUUACUGACCAGUGCUGGCCGCACAGAAACGUUAUUAGCCUAACGGAGAGCCAACAGUAAGCCCAGUCACAUCUUUCGGAUUGUGAUGUCAAAACAUUUAGUUCGAUGUGUAAGUAAAUAAAGUAAUGCAUUGUUGUGACAUUAGCCAUCGGUGCCACAUUACCGGUUGUAACAGGGCCUCUGAUAGCGCAUUGAUAGCGCUAACAACGUUUCUGUGCGGCCAGUACGGGAUGGGUACAGAGGAUUUUUUUUCUUUUGUAAAUUUUUUGUAAAAAAUCCAUUAGACAGCCAUAAUGGCCAAAAAUCAAACGGCCGGGUAUUAAAGUGAAGUUUAAGCUAACAAGCCUGCCAAUUAUUCCCAUGGUUUCUUUCAAAGUACAAAGCUACCAGGAAAUUAACCAAGUGAUAAAGAUCACUUGAUCUUUAUGGCAUCCCUAAGAGGAUGUCAUUUUGUUUCUAUGGAAUAUAGAGUACCGAGGUGUGACGUCGAUCACUGUCAUGACAACGAACCGGUUAAUUCUAAACAGAGUCGCAUCUGACGAUCGUCUAUACAAAUUUGUAUUUGCAAAAGCUACCAUCAUUCUGAGGCUGCAAGUGAUGAAAUUCCGUUAGCAGCCAUUUUCUCCAAUGAGAAACACGCUCCAGUUUCAUUUGUUUAGAACCAGGCCGCCAUGACACCAUGGCAACUGACGUCAUCGCUUCGGUACUCUAUAGGGGUUAUAUAACACGAUACAUAUCUGACCUCUUGAUAGGGCCUAGUCUUCAUUAUUUCCUUCCUUCUUUUCUUUUUCAUCACUUUCCCCUCUGUUAUUUUUUCACGACUUUCACAAGCAUAGGGAGACAAUUGCCUCUCGCAGCGACGUCCCUGGUAUACGGGUAUAUAUAUGGUCGGGUAUCCUAAUGCUGUCUUCCCAAACCUAUGCACAAUGCAACGGGGUUGUAAAAAUUGGAAUGAAACUAAUAUUCUUUAUCUGCGGUUCUGUUACGGCACAUAUUAGUAAAUUACACAUUUGGAAAUGUCUAUCACUUGUGUGAUUUCUUGGUAGCUUCAUUCUUUGGAAUCAAAUUUGGCCUGCUUUUGUCUAGCUCACACUCCACUAACCGGUCGUUUAUUUCUUUUUACUGAAGGCUGCCCAUAAACAUAUUCAAACUAAUAGAUAGGAAAUGAAGAAAAAAAAACACACCAUUAUUGCUUAGGUUGGUUUUAUUUGCCAAUCAAAUAAAACCACCAUUUCAUUUCAGUUUGAUUGAACUUUACGGCAAAUCAAAGGCAAAUGUACAUCUUAGGCUAUAAUCAUUGUUACCAAGGAUAUAAGUUUUCACUUAUAUUCCAGAUUCAUUAUUAUCAUCCAAUAAUUAUUGGAUAAUUAUUAUCCAAUAAUUAUAUUAUCAACCAAUAAUCAUACUAGCAUCCAAUAAUCAUAUUAUCAUCGAAUGAUUAUAUUACCAUCCAAUGAUUAUAUUAUCAUCCAAUAAUAUAUCAUCAUCGAAUAACUAUACUGGAUGGCGUUAUUUCAUGAAAUACCAGAAAUAUACCUAGGGCCAAUAUUCCAAUCAUCUGCGAUUCGUUAGAAUAUUUUCCCGAACUCUUGGAAUAUUCCUUGUAAUUCAUUCUGAGCCCUCCAAUACAAUAUAACUAUUUAAUAUUUUCAAGUUAAUAAGCAUGAUAAAGUGAAAUGACAAAAUGAACACAUGUUUGUUAAAGGGUAUAAUAGGAAGCUUAAUCAUUACUCGUUUAGGUUUUCAACCUACCAUUGUCUCACAGUGAUGAAAAUUUCCAAAGUUAUACCUAUUUUAUAAAAAGAUGGUAUUAAAUUAUUUUCCAAUUAUCAGCCUAUUCAAUAAGCUCAUGUUUUUGAAAAUAUUAUAAAGAGUGGUUUACAAAAGAUUAGACAAAUUAAUAACUCGCUACAAUUUACUCAAUAACGACCAAUACGGAUUCAGGAAUUUCAUUCUACUGAAUGUUAUUUAUCGUAAAUAUACUUUUAAACAAACUUUACCAUUGUCGGAUUAGUGGUACUUGCUUAGACUUGUUCGGUAGUUAACUUUCUUGCUGUGAUGUAUAUAAUUAUGUUAAUAUGCUAUCAGUUUUUGUUUUGUUUUAUGAAUGAUUUUUAUCUGAACCAUGCUAUGAUAUUUAAGGUACGCUCGACACAUAUUUUGUUUAUGCUUAGUUCCUAUAUGUAUCGUUAUUAUUAAUGUAACACUAUAUUCUAUUAAUUCACAUUUUGUUAUACAACGGUGAAAAUAAAACAAAAUAUUCAUCAACCUAAUGCGGUAAGAAGCUUCGAUGCUAUUAGUACACCAACAUUGUUAGGGUAUUAUGUCAUUAUUUAGUAUGUACCGUAUAUUAAACCCAAUAGGUCAGUUCGUAGUUCCAUUCUGCGCAUGAUAAGAAGGUCAUUGGUUUUAAAGUGACACAGUGGUUUAAUACUUAAUGAGAUAAGGUCCAACUUUGAUGUAUUGAUUAUUUAUGUAACCUUUUGAAUUGUGUUUUUCAUUACAUCCACGAAAAACAU